GAUUCCAUCCAGCUGCAGAAUGGAGGGAACAUGUGUCCAGAUGCUGCUGGCUCUGAUCUCACUGCUGUGCUGCACAACAAACGGAGCCAUAACACAGGUGGAGGUGAAGUGCGUCAGAGCGUCUGUGGCUGAUGAAGGUGAAGAACCUUUUAAAGAGUCUCUUAGUUUGAGCUUGUUGCAGUUUGACAGGAAGAUGAAGAUGUUUGUGGUGCUCCUCAUCCUCCUGCACGUUUCCCAGCAUGCCUUGCCUGGUGUGGUGGAGGUGAAUGAGGGGGCGGAGUCAGUCUUGCUGCCCUGUCAGUACUCUGGUUUUAUUGAAGACAACCCCACAGUCAUGUGGACUCGCAGUGACCUCAGUCCCACAUCUGUCCACCUCCAAGGAGAAAAGGGUGCUCUGAAAGAACAAAACCAGCGUUACAGAGGACGCACAUCAGUGAUGUCUGAUGCUUUUGACACUUCUGAUUUCAGCCUCACUUUAAGAAAACCAGAAUUAUCUGACAGAGGCGAUUAUACCUGCUCCUUCAGAGAUGACCUGGGUAAACGGAAGGUGGCUGAUGUCCAGCUGAUGGUCAAAGACCAUCAGGAGGAGGUGAAGGUGACUGAGGGGGCGGAGUCUGUCAUCCUGCCCUGCAGGACAACACCUGACCUGCCCAAAGACGUCACUGUGGAGUGGACUCGCUCUGAUCCAGAUUUUAUGAUGGUUUAUGUUUAUCCAAACACAAGUAAAGAGUUUAUGAAACAAGACAACCCCUACUGCAGCCGCACAAAAAUGUACGAAGACCUGCUGAGUUCUGGAGACGUCAGUCUGUCCUUGAAAUACCCCACAGACAGAGACAUGGGAAGCUACAUCUGCACCGUCUACAGAAACAAAGACAUCCUGAGACAGAAAGUAGUUCUGAUACACGUCAAAGAACCAUUUCCAUCCUGGGCCACAGCUGUUCUGAUUCUCUUUGUUCUGUCUAUUAUCGUUUCUGCUGGUGUUCUUUAUUAUUUUCGGCACUACUUAAUGUCAGUCUACCAGGUGGAGGUGGAGGAGGGGAUGGAGUCUGUCCUGCUGCCCUGCAGAACCACAGUUCAUCUGCCUGCAGAUGCUAAAAUAGAGUGGAGGGACCUGGAGAAUGACUUGGUCCAUGUGCAUCUGAACAGUUCUGACCAGCCAGAAGAACAGCAUCAGUUUUACAGAAACAGAACGGUGAUGGAGGGAAACCUAAAAGUUGGAGACCUCAGUCUGACUCUGAAACAGCUCACAGAUGGAGACAGGAACACCUACACCUGCAGCGUCUACAGCCGGGACGAAAAGAUCCUGGUGAAAAAACAAGUGAAACUCACAAUCAAAAUUGAACAGGUAGUGGUGGAUUCGGGGGAAGACUUUGUCUUACUGCCCUGGAAAAUCACAGGUCACCUGUCUGCUGAUGCUAAAGUGGAGUGGAGGGACAGUUACAGGAUAGUCCAUGUGUAUCAGAAAGGUUCUGACCAGCCUGAAAAACAGCACCAGGGGUACAGCAACAGAACAAAGAUGAAUGAAGACCUGCUAGAAACCAGAGACCUCAGUCUGACACUAAAACACCCCACAGACAAAGACAGUAACACCUACACCUGCAGAGUCUACAGCGUGGAGGGGAACACCCUGAAGAAGAAACAAGUGGAGCUCACAGUCAGAGUCUGCCAGGUGGAGGUGAAGGAGGGGGCGGAGUCUGUCCUGCUGCCCUUCAGAACUACACCUGACCUGCAUGAACAUGCUACAGUGGUUUGGAAGCGCCUUGAGCCUAAACCAGAGAUAAAGGUCCAUGUGUGUGAAAACGGUUCUGAUCAGCCUGGAGAACAGGACCAGGUCUACAGUGAAAGAACAAAGAUGAACAAAGACUACCAGACAACUGGAGACCUCAGUCUGACUCUGACAUGUCCCACACAUCAAGACAGUGGACGGUAUCAGUGUAAAGUCGACAGCAUGGAGGGAAACACCCGGAAACUAAAAACAGUCCUGCUGAAAGUCAAAGGGACAGUCCAGGUCUGGGAUCAAACAGAGGACAUCAAGAACGGAAGCAGAUCCAUUGAUCCAGCUCCUCUUAUGAUGAAUCAGUCUGAUCAUGGAUGAAGAUGGAUGAAGAAAGGACACUCAGGCAGCUUCCGCCUGUUUUUACAGCCUGCAGACCUGGUAUUGAUCAGCAAUGAUCGGUGAUCUGUGAUGUCAGAGUGGUGUCAUAAGUUGAUCAGCUGUGUGCAUCACUGAAUCCGUUUUGGACUCCAGUACGUUGCUUGUUUCAGACUGUUAGUGUCCAUGAAGGUGUGUCCUGCUGUAGUUCCUGAGAACUCAUUCAGGAAGAAACUUUCCAGGAGCUCAUCCACCAUGAAGGAGUAACAGCUGGAGGAAGCACAGCUGGAUCUUAAACAGGAAACACCAGACAACCAGCUGCUACACCUGUAAAGGGAACAGGAAACCAGCUGCAACAGCUUCAAGACAAAAACAAAGCAGACAAUCAUCGGGAGCACCUACACAAGACAGACGAGAUGAAAAUCCACCAAAACAUCAGCAACACAGGAAAAAACAAACAUAACUGUAGUUUCUCAUCUUAGCUUUUAAUGUUAUUAUGUGUGUUUCACUGUUUUAACACUUUAGCAUUUUCCCUCUAUUUAAUGAACUCGUAAAGUUUUCUGAACCUGAAUUUAUUCAUAUACGUGAAUUUACCAGCACUUGUCCAAAUUUUUUUAACAUAUUUCAGUGAUUUCAACAUUUGGAAACCCACUUUUUUCACAAUCAGUUUUUUUACAAGAAAGAACUAAAGAAAAUAUCUUCUUUUAUUUUCAGUUUAAUAAUAAAAUUAAAGUUUAGGCAAAUUACUGUGUCUCUGCCCUGCACACAUUAGAAGCUCUAGAAUAAAGACUGAAAGAUGAGAUGAGUUCAUACAAAGAAAAAUAACUUUUUUUUUUAUUAUUGACAGCUUCAUUUUGCUACUUGAAUUUUGUGUUUCUUCUUCCUUCAAAGGUUCGUCUCUUUUACUUUGUUUAAAGGUCAGACAACUCAGAGUUGAUGGAAAAGCUUCAUUGCACAGUUUGGUGGUUUGUCCCUGAUGCACCUUUACUUGCACAUGCUCGUUCUUUAUUCAGUUAAAUAUUGGAGUGAAUGUCGAGCAAUAUUUUCCCCUUUCUGAGCUGCUAAAACACUAAACCUUGUUGUCUAAACCAGAUUCUCAGAGCUCUAAAUUAAUUUCUCUAAUCAAACCCUCCUGUGGCCAAACAAACACUGUUCAGGUACUUUGACACAUUUUGCUAAACUCGUCCAUCUUUUAGCAAAACCUCAAACACAUUUAACACUUUUCACACUGUGUUGUAAAACUGUAAACCAGGGAUGGUCAUCUCUGGUCCCGAGGGCCACAAUCCUGCAGGUUUUCCAUGUUUAUCUGCUCCACCACACCAGCUCUAUGAAAUCCAGCUGAGACAGACUGAAGACAAAGUCACUGCUGAUGAACUAGUGACCCUUUCGUCUGUCAACAGACUGAGCAUGAAACAAGUGAAGAAGCUCUUUACUGACAUCUGGUGGCUAAAACAACUCUAACAACCCAGAAUAAAGAAAUUAGGAGCAAGUUAAAAAAAAUAUUAAAUUAUAGGGAAAAGUACUAAUUAUAAAGAAAUAUAUUUAAAAAUAAAUGAGAAAAUUCAAACUUUAGUCCAAAAUCUCCAUGUUGAGGAUGGAUGUUAAAUAAAUAAGAUUUAUUUUUAGUAUUACAGAGUUUACUAUAGUAACAUUUAUUACUGUUGGGACAGAUUUUAUUGAUGCAAUGAAUUUUUUAUACCAUGUUUUGUAUAUUAAUGUUUUUAAUAAUAGAUGUAAAAAUAUAAAAAUAAAAAGGGGUUUUAUAAUACCGCUAAGGAUGUGGCUGAUGCGAUCCAGUAUCAGUAUGUGGUUCCGAUAACAACUUAAUUCAUGGAUCGGAAAUUUCCAUUCAGGAAAUCCAUUCUGCAGUUUGCAGCAGGUUAGCAUUGAGCAGCACUCAAGUUAGCAAACAUUUCCACUCAACAUGUCCACAGUGUGGAGAUAUUUUUCAGCUGAAACCCCCAAAGCAAGACAGCAACAUGCAAUGUUUGUAAAGCUGUUGUUCUGAGAGAUGGAACCUCCGUCGUGAUGUACAACACCACUAAUUUAAUCACACAUUUAAAAAAGAACCACUUAAAAGAGCACAAAGACUUUUUAGCCAGCGGGAGAAAGAGGAAAAGAGCCGGCAGGAAUCUCUUGUGGAGUUAUUCAAAAAGCAAAGUAAACUUUCAGCAGAAGUAAAAGCUAAAGGGAUUACAGAGAAGUUGUUCAGUUUCAUCGUACUCGAUGACAAACCGUUGUCGGUGGUGGAAAACAAGAUGUUUCACAGCCUGAUUAAACACUUGCAGCCAAGGUAUAGUUUAUCAUCCAGGAGACAUUUAUCAGAGACACGAGCAUUAAUUUACUGAUCAAAUUGUUUUAACUUUUCUUUUAUUGCAAAUAUUUAAAAACCUUGUUUUUUAUGCUAAGAGUCUGUGUAGCUAAUUUGUGCUGAUCAGAUGAAGCAGCCCUUUGUAUUUACUUGGAAAGGAGUAGUCUAGAAGUUCACCCCUUUUUUCAUGUUGACACAAACUGUGUUGCUGUGGUGAUCUGUGCUGUUUAUAUGACAGUUUUUUAUCUUGUAUAUUGUACUAGUAUGUAGUAUCUAGUAACCCUGUCUUAAAAUUGAAUAACUAUCACCUUACAGUUGCAGGUUUGUUUUCAGGAUGGGAUUUUUCCUGUUUUCUGACCUCAUGCUUCAAGUUGCCUUUUGGGACAUGCAUUGGUACAUAUAUUUGCUUGUAAAGAGGAGUUUAGUAAAGUCUCAUGUAAAAAGAAAAACAAUAAUAAUAACAAUAAUAGAACUCUGGUAUCAGAAUAGUAUCUGUAAAUGUGGAUCGGUGCUUCCCUAAACACUGUUUAAACUCUAAAUUCUGUGCUGUUUUUAUUUAGUCAUAUUUAAUUACAUCAUGUAAAUAUCUUAUUGCUGUAGCACUUGAAUCUUCACAUUGGACAUAAUUAAAGAGGUACAUGUGAUUACUUUUGUCUGUUAUUGUUAUGGACUCUAUUAGCAGAAUAAAGUAAUGACA